AUGGCCAAAGACUCCGCGGUCGGCUCCUCAUUCGACCAGCACGUCGUAGGCGGGUAUCGGUUUCUCAUGCGUUAUUACUCGCCAGGAGACGACAUUUACAUGUUUGGCUUUUCUAGAGGUGCCUAUGUUGCCAGGUUCUUAGCCGAGAUGCUAGAUUUCGUCGGUCUCCUCUUGCACGGUAACGAGGAGAUGGUUGCCUUUGCGUGGAGCGCGUUUUCUCAGUGGCAAUGCCGCAGAACUAACUCUACACCAGAGGGCAAGGAAGAAAGAGAAAAAAUGUACCAGUUUCUUAGAGGGUUCAGAGAGACCUUUUCCCGACCAAUCCGACGCAUCCGAUUUCUGGGCCUCUUCGACACGGUAAACAGCGUCCCGCGCUUUGAGACGGCAUGGAUGCAGCGUAGCAAAUUUCCGUACACCGCACGCAGUUCUGCAAAAGUCAUUAGACACGCAGUUAGCAUUGACGAACGUCGGGCCAAGUUUCGGCAAGACUUGAUAUACCAAGAGCCCAAGAAGUGCCGUAGGAAGAACGCCGCAAAGAAGAUGAUGGAACACCAGCCUUUCAAUGAAAAAUUACAAGAGUUCCAGGAGAAGUAUCGCCCUGGUCGGCGUUCGACUCUAGCACCUGACGAUGCUGUCGCGGCAGAAGACCGCGGCAGAAGACGCCACCUUCAAAGCCAAGAGGAAGACGCAGAUCAUCCUAUUCCGUUUCGCAGCCGUUCCAGAUCUCGAUCUAAAGCCACUGAACACUCACAUCAUGAGCACACGGAUCAUGACGCCUCGUCUAUCAAUUCCAAGCCACCGAUGGAAGACCUAACCUACGAUUCAGACGAUGACGAAGCCGACCAAGACGUUGACGAAGUGUGGUUUGCUGGAGGCCAUGGCGACAUCGGCGGAGGUUGGGACGCCGUCGCUGGUCGCAAGAACGCCAGCCAUAUCCCUCUAGUUUGGAUGGUCCGAGAAGCCAUGCGAGCAGGGUUGUCUUUUGAUGUCGAGCAACUCGAGUAUCUGGGAUGCAUCGAAUCAGUGACGGGGCCUACUUUUCAACAGCCUAACUUUCAACAACAGCCAGCGUCUCCAACCCCUCAAGAAGCGCCUGGAGUUCCCCAAAUUCAUGUUGACGCUCCUUCUCCGCCGCCGGUUGAUUUUCAACCAGAAUCACCAACUGGGUCUGCGACGGAACAAGCAGAUGAGAAUUCGGACGGGCUAACACACGCUUGCACGACAACGGCCUUUGGCGAAAUGAUUCGGACCGCACAUGAGGCUCAGAUCCACGACUCGCUUGACUUCGCAUGCGGCAUGCAUCCUGUCAGUGUCUUCAUGUGGAGGGUGAUGGAGUACCUGCCAUUUCGAAGGCUUGAUCUCAGACCCGACGGCAGUUGGAAACCCAUUAGAUGGCCGCUACCACGCGGAGAAGUCCGCGAUAUCCCUGACAAGGUCAGAGUCCAUGGAAGUGUGAUCCGCAGAAUGGAGAGGGACGAGAAGUACAGGCCGGGUAAUCUCAUCGUCGGUGGUGGCGGCAGAGGAUGUAGAGUGGCUCCUAAACAGUACGGUAUGGGAGAGUGGGAAUGUGUUAAGGGUCAAGGGGAUGUUAUCGACGAGGUCUGGGUACGCAAACCACGACUUGACGAGAAAAAAGAGUCUGAUAUUUGA